GGCAGCGCGUCCCAUUGACGAGCAGCGACACACCGAGCAGCGUGUCCCCAGCCCCCCCAGUCCACACGACCACUCCACGGACCGGCGCUGACUGGGAGCUCGGCCGUCGCGAUGCGCACCUGCAGGAGCUCACGGUCCGGACAGGUGUGAGACCUGAGGCGCGCGUGCAUGCAGGACCAGCUGAUUUCUAGCGGACCCCCCUCUGGAUGUAGCCCCGCAGACCACCUCCACCCCCCCGGCAGGCCGGGCCCACUUCAGCCCCACAUGGAUGGAUCCCGCUGCAGGAGCUGUGUUUAUGGAAUAUGAAGCCCGUGCGCACGAGCAUGCCUCCCCGUCUCCCCUGCACUCGGACAUCCCCUGGCCGCGUCGAGCCCCCUUCGCCAUGAGGGCUCGGUAAUCCGGUGCCUGUGCGCGCGUGAUCGGACCGGACCCCCGGUGUUUAGUUUGGCUCGGGCUCGCUGCAGAGGGUUUAUCUGCGCGGAGGGUUUUUCUUUGUGUCACAGGGCUUCACGCACAGUGCGCACGGAGCAGCGGCUCCGCUUCACCCGCCGUUGCGCGCAGCUCUUUGUGGCCGGGUUCGCGAUGGCACCCGGCCGGCCCGAGGGGCAGGACCACCCGCCGGAGAACGGCUUCACCCCGCUGGAGCACCCGGUGCCCCGGCUGCUGCCGCGCAUCGACGGCUCGGUGCUGCCGUCGCUGGGCGGCUUCGGGCGGCACCAGAAGCAGCUCGUGGUCCUGACCUGGAUCCCGGCUUUGUUCAUCGGCUUUAGCCAGUUCUCGGAUUAUUUCCUCCUGGCGCAACCCAUCGGCACGUGUCUGCGGCCCCUGGCCAACGACAGCGACUGGACCGGGGCGUCCCCGCCGCUCACCGGGGGCACACCGGCGCUGCUGCCCAGGGGCAACGGCACCGGGGACGGCCAUGGGGAGGGACAGGGGCUGGGACAGGGGGGCGGGAUGUGCGCGUGCACGGAGUGGAGACUGGAGCUGGAGACAGGACUCAGCCAGAAUGUGGUCACCAAGUGGAAGCUGGUGUGCGACUCGGCCUGGAAGGUGCACAUCGCCAAGUUCUCCCUGCUGGUGGGCUCCAUAUUUGGCUACCUAGUGAUGGGUGUCAUGGCCGACUGGUUUGGUCGACACCCGGUGAUGAUCCUCUCCGUGUUCUUCAUGCUGGUGUUCGGUCUGAGCGUGGCCUUCUCCACCAACGUCACCAUGUUCAGCACCUUGCGCUUCUUUGAGGGUUUCUGCUUGGCGGGCCUCGCUCUCUCCCUCUACGUGCUCAGGAUCGAGCUGUGUCUGCCAGCCUGGCGGUUCUCCAUGACCAUGGUGGCCAGUUUUCUGAUGGUGGGGGGGCAGCUCCUGAUGCCGGGCGUGGCCGCGCUGUGCCGCAGCUGGCCGGACCGGGACGACUGGCAGGUGCUGCAGAUAGUCAUCAUCAGCCCCUUCGUCCUGAUGCUGCCCUACGUCUGGAUUUUUCCCGAGUCACUGCGCUGGUUGCUGGCCACCCAGCACUACAGGAGGUCCAAGGCCAUGAUGCUUCACAUCGCCCGGAAGAACCAGGUCGACCUGACCACCGAGCCCAGCGGGGUGUUCACAGAGCUGGAGCAGGAGCUGCACAAGAGGCCCCAGAGGACCUGCAUCGUGAAGAUGAUGAGCACCAGGAACCUGUGGAAGAACAUCGUGGUGCUGUGUGUCAACUCCCUGACCGGCUACGGGAUCCACCACUGCUUCGCCCGCAGCAUGAUGGACCCGGAGGCGCAGCCGACUGCUCUGUGCCACGCAGACUACUACACCAUGGCUGGCAUCGCCGUGGCCACCUGCCUGGCAGUGUGCCCCGCUGUGGGGCUGAUGGGACGUCGGGGGGGGCUUCUCACCUUCAUGAUCAUCACGGCCCUGGCCUCCCUGCUGCAGCUCGGCUUACUCAACUUGAUCGGGAAGUACAGCCUUCGCCACGACACAGUUCUGCGAGACUCCCUGAACAGGAAGUUCUCGGUGGCGUUCUCCAUCAUCGGGAUGUUCUCCUCGCACGCCGUGAGCACGCUCAGCAUCUUCUUCUGUGCUGAAAUCACCCCGACAGUCAUCAGGGGAGGAGGGCUCGGCCUGGUCCUGGCCAGCGCCGGCUUCGGGAUGCUCACCGCUCCCAUCAUGGAGCUCCACAACCAGAAGGGCUACUUCCUGCACCACGUGAUCUUCGCCUGCUGCACGCUGCUCUGCAUCAUCUGCCUGCUGCUGCUGCCGGAGCCGCGGGGCCAGCCCCUGCCGGAGAGCCUGGCCGACGGAGAGACCUUCACCCGGCAGACGCUGCUCCACCCCGGGGAGCAGCACCUCCUCCUCGUGAAGAGCGACAGGGACUACUCCCGCGUCCACGACACGCCCAUACACCUCUCGACCACCGGGGGCGCUACAGUGGCAGCAGCCACCGCUCUGGCAGCGGUGCCGGCCUCGUAUGCCCUGGCGACUGGUGGGGAGGUGAUUGGAAAUUGUGCCGUAGCCAAUGGGGUGUGAGCGUCACAGCGGCGCCCCACUACUGUGCUAUUAACUGCUCAAGCAUUAACCAGACUGAACCCCCCCCCCCCUGAAAGAAAGAGAGAGACUUUUGAAGGAAAUGAUCCGAUGGACUCUUGUGAUGGUUGGAGACUGUGACAAUAGUGAUUUUGUGUAGUUUGUAGUGAUUAUGAUUCUUCAGGAGUUGCCAAAAAAGAUGGUCCUGCACCACGCUGACCUGAAGUCAGUGUGUUGAGCAGUAUGAAGGUUCUCGAGCGGUGAGUCUCUCUCUCUCUGCCGAAACAACGACGAGCGAACGAGCUCCUGUUCGUGGCUGUGACUCGUUGAAAGAGGACUUCAUCCUGUGGUUCUUUAUGAGUUGAUUUGCACUAAACGUCCGAGACACAAUCAGGUGUUUGUGAUUUCCCCGGGGGCCGACACGCUUGGGGGGGGGGGGGGGGAUGGAUCCAGGGAUUGGCCGAACCGCUACCGCUCUUUUUGUUCUGCAUGAAUUGGCCCAGGUGGUUUUACACGUUCCCCUGUUCUCUAUCUGUGUUCCACCGCGAGGAGGCCGCUGUGGCACUUUACCCUCAGACGGUGACGCUCGGUGUCCAUGUGUUGGAACUUCCUGCGGUUGUUGUUGGGGGUGUAUGAUGGUGGUCCCGGUGUGACGGACAGCCGGAGACCUUGGAAGACGCCGUGUGGAGGCCGCGCUAAACGGAUCUGAGCGCUGAACGGACAUCGGGUGCUUUGUCUUAUGACGCGUCUCAGCUUUCCAAAUGGCUUUAUCGCGAUGGCUCUGUCGUUUUUUAACAAAAAAAACAACAGAAUGUAAUUUAUGAAAACCAGUAUUUAUUUUGUCUCUCUGCCCAGGGCAAAGUUUUGUUGUUUGAAAUACCUCCUGGAUCUCCACGUGUCCCCUGUGCUGUGGUGAUGUGGUGAACCUGCUCCUGGGACAUGUAACUUUAGCCAGAAAGCACAAUAUUUUACAGUUUUUUGAAAUAAAUGUUUGUGAAGAUUAGAGUAGAGCCGCCGUGAAACUGGCCUAGUUGUGAUUAGUGUACAUUUAUACACUUUACUAUGGAAGUAUCCUUUAGUACUGCAUAGAGAUGUAAGGUAUGUAAACAUGUGCCAUUCGUUCAUUUUGUAUGGAUCAGAGACUGUGUGUAAAGAUGGACGCCAUGACAGCUCCUUGAAAGUGAAGCCAAGGCAUCUGGACCGCCCCCUGGUGGCUGGCUGCAGUACCGCUCUCAAAUCCCUGCCUCCUCCAUGCAAGUGGAUGGGACACGGACCAG